AUAUCGUGCUGCUUUAGUUCCGCCAUAGAAGUCCUUACUUUUACGAAUCAACGGAUUUUCAGACAAAAUGACUGGUUCAGUUGAAGAUAGUACACAUUUGAACGACAAUAUAAACGUGGAAUUUGCGACUCCUGAAAAGCAAGAAGCACGUGCAUUUUUGCGCGAACGAUUUCUUCGUGUAAUUGCUGGAAUUGUUGGUAAACAAGCAGAAUUUUAUCUGUAUGAAAAUACACAGGUUUCUGCUCAAUUUAGAGGUUGUGAUGUGGAUUGUUUAGAAGUGUAUGUACGAAACUUGGAAACACCAUUAGGCACAAUUCCAGAAGCUGUUUUAAGAGCAAGUGACAUUAUUUAUCUAAAUAUCCAUGAUAUUAAUAAAGAAUAGUAAAGCUUCAAAAUACAAGUAACGUUGUUUUCGAACAGAUCGAAGGAGAAACCGAGGUCUGAUUAUUUCACUGGUCGGAGUAAGUUUUUACGAUUUGCCCCUUGUUCGCCCAGUUUUUCCUCAUUGCACUCCUCGUCCAGAAGACCUCGAGGGCCGUUUGCCGUCGGCGACGGUCAACGACCGGAAAAUACUUGCAGAUCGUGAAGAAGAAAAUGAUGAAGAAGAAGACUGGCAAAGCACUACUCAUGAUUGAGACUUUGAUGGAAGUCACUAGGUAUUCAACGACCUGCAGACCCACAUUUUCACUUUGCUUCUUAUGAAGUCCUGUUGGAUCUCUGCUAAUAUGAUAAUUAAGUGUAUUUUAAGUUUGACAUUUUUUACAGCAUUCGAAAUUUGAUAUAACUUACUUACGAACUGAUUGUAUAAUUUCAAUCAAUGCGAUCGAUCAGUUUCAAUGAUUUUUGUUGUAAAAUUGUACGUACGAAUUGUAUGUACGAAUGUAUUUUAAAAAUUUGUGUUGUUUCCUUUUUUAUUAAUAACAAUUAUGCUGCGGUGAAUUUAAAAUAUAAAUCUCAGAAUUGAAACGCAUUAUAAUUAGAAUAUCAGUGUUCAAGUACUUAUAAAUAGAAUAAAUAUUACGCAACGCUAUAAUUAAUCGACUAAAAGAAAUAUGUAAAUUAAGUUGAUACCUAUAGAAUUAUGAACGUAACUUAGAAGGAAAAGGAAAUUUAAGAAACAAAUACUUGUAGCACGCAAUAUAUGAUAUUUAAAGGGAAAAUAAACCUAAUUAGAAUCUAAAUGAAAAAUCCUUUGUAAGAAAUGCAAUAAUUUUAAAUAAAGCUGUGCAACAAAUUAUAUAAUAACCAUACAAUAACUCUAUAAUAAUUUACAAUAUCAAAAUAAUCGUAUUUGAUAUUGUUUGAUUAUUAUUUCACAUAUCAAUAUUUUACAAAAUGUAUAUGAUAGUUUAUCGAUUCAGCUAUAAAUAGAUAAGAAGCGCUAUAACUUUUAAAGGACAGGCUGUAAAAUAAUAAGUCGCAAUUUUUUAGCGCAAAUAGUAACAUCAUUCAGUUUGCAUGAUAUACAAAUAUACAAAUAAAAUAUUAAAGUAGGGUUUAGUGAAUUUAAUUUAAUUACCUUUUGCUUUUUCUCAGUUGUUAUUAUAAUAAAUAUGCGAAAAAAAUAAAUGUAGUUAAAUAGAAACCUUCAGAUUUAUCGCUGAUAAAUAUAUUAACUAUAGAAAAGUGAAAACAAAACGUCUAUACAAUAAAUGCAGUUAUUUACAUUUACUAAAGCUUCGAGUAAUUUAUUACCUGAUUCUUCAGGGAAUCCUACCCAAUGCAUACUAGGAAUUUGAAAUAUCAAUGAAAAUCUAAAGAUAAAUUACAAUACUUGUAUGAAUAAAUAAUUCAUGAAAUUUUAAUUCUUUAUUAUUUCAUACUAAUUCGUUUACCAGUCGUAAUUUAUAUUAUACUAUAGAAUUACACAAAAAAUCUGUUCUACCAAACUUACUAAACUUUCAUUUCAUUUAUACGGUAAUUGUUUCCUUAUAUUACUACGUAAUUGUUAUAUUUAAUGCUGCCGUAAUUUUUUAACGCGUUACUUAUUCUGUUCUUUCUUCUUGCUCGCAAUACUUACAUUUUCUAAAUUAGUUUAUGGAAAUAAUACAAAUGCACGUUGAAAACGAAAGCAGGCUUAAAAUUUCAUAAACAAUUAACAUCUUGCAUUUUUUUUAUUUUUGUACUAUCGAAGCACGUUCGACGUUUCUGGACGUAUAGAUCAAAUAAAUUUUCGUUUAUUUUUAUACUAAUGUUCGAUGAGGCAAAUGAUGAGAAAGAAUUUAACAGCGUGUGAUCACAACUUGAAACUACGGAUACGGAUCAGGUAUUCACAGCAGCACGGAACCUAUCACCUAGUCUUGGAGAUUUGACUCCGUUUCGGCGCGGAUUUCGUUCCGCACGCGCGCGCGUACUCAUUCCUUCCUGACAGUCUUGGAAAAAUAGAGAAAAGAAUCGAAACCUUACCGUUAUGUUCACCCAACUCGCGCCAUAAUUACAGUAUGGACUUGCUACUUGCAAGAUGUAUACAACCAUAGUCAGCGAUAUAGUGUGCACAGUUUAGACCAUGCCACAGUAACAGCACACUCGUUUCUUUUAGUAAUUACAUGAAAUUGAAUCGUGCCUAUCUAUCAACGUUCGACGCAUGUAAUUAUUCAUCUCUGUUUUACCUUGCGUGUGACAUUAAUUAUUGCCGUGUAAAUGUAUAUUGCAUGCUUAGUACUGAAAUAGCUAUCUAGAUGUUAAUGUCACUCCUUUAGAAACUAUAGCGUGUCGCUAAUGUCUUGAUUAUCGAACGUAUUAUAUCGUCAAUUACAACGAAUUGUGAACUAUUAACCAAGUGUUUAUUAAUAUUUGUGUUUAUUAAUUAUUGAGUAAUAUAAAGAUGCAAUUUUUCAAAAUACUAUUUUUUCAUAGAAGAAAAUUAUCAUUUAAGAGACGUAAAAAUUUGUAACACGGUAUAAGAGUCGGUAUAAAAGUCGUACAGGAGCUGGACGAAGAAGAAGAAGUAGUAAGUUAUCUUUUUUCCUUUAUAUUGGUAAAAUUUUUAAAUAAUCUAUCGCAUUUAUAUUAUAUUAAAUCUAUCGAAGCAAACUAGCGAAGAUAUAAUUUUCUCACCGUCUCAUUCAUAAUUUUCUUUAAUGCAACAUAUGUAAAAGAACAAAUAAGUACAAGUACGUAAGGACGUACAUGGCGCCCGCAUUUCGAGCAAACGAAAACGAAUAGUUCGCGUGUAAAUGAAGUUUCAUAAAUGAGCAGGUAUUUUCAUCCAGUCUUCACGCAGAUUCAAUAUAGAGUCGUGGUAUCGGAGGCGUAAUUAAACCGGUCUUCCACUUUAUCACGGAUUAUAUUGGUAAUAGUAAUCACCACUCGGUUCAAUAUCUUGCCUCAAGUUGCAGCUGUUCAGAAUAAUUAUACUUCGUUCUUUGAUCAUUGUUGGGUUAAUUAUUGUGACGUGACGUGGUAUCUACUACUUUAUGAUUUUAAUAAAGCAACAAAAACAAUUCUGUUUUUCUUUGUCUAACUAGAUUUUCCUCGAGAAUGGCAACAGCCUUUCAAGGUCAGCGCAGGGUCGAGUUAAAGAUUUCGCAGUACCGAUGAUCGAUUAUCUGAUUAUCAUAAAUACAGGUACCUCGUAGAUCGUAGAAAUUAAUAGACCAACACGCAUUAAAAGUAACGUGCAAUGCACACAGCAUGUAAAAUGAUGCUCGUUAACGCGUUGCGCUCUCCCCUUUUAACGAUGAACAUCAAUCAGGAAUAGAACCUGCGAUUAUUUCCUGGAAAUCCUGAGAUUUUAUUAAAAGCAAACCUGUUUACUAUUUUUUCAUUUAUUCGGUGCUUGAUACAUGUUACAUAAAUCGGCGAUUAAGAUGACGAACGUUACGUUAUAACAAACUAAUUGAAUAUGAUUCCACGUAUAUGUUAUAAAAGUCGUUGAAUUUUUUGCGAAUGUUUUGGGCAGCAUAUAAC